CUGAGACCUGGACGCCACCUGCAGGACGACGAUAUUGUGCCUGAACUGGCUAACAUCCAUCCCAGAGAGAGACCUGACUGGGAGGAGACAAUCAGUGCCAUGGCGAGGAGCGCAGAGAUCCCUGAGCUGAGGACGGAUCCCCUUAUGCGAUCCUGCAGCAGCAGCACGGCCAGCAUGAAGGUCAAGAAUGUCAAGAAACUUUGUUUCACCAAGGGCCACUUCCCCAAACUGGCAGAGUGCGCUCACUUCCACUAUGAAAAUGUAGACUUCGGCACAAUUCAGUUGUCCCUCGGGGAUGAACAGUGUGAAGUGACGCGGAACGGCUAUGAGUCGAAGGAGCUGGUGUACCUGGUCCAUAUCUUCUGCCAGGGUCGAAGUUGGAUUGUGAAGCGCAGCUAUGAAGACUUCCGUGUCCUGGAUAAGCACCUGCACCUCUGCAUCUACGACCGACGCUUCUCACAGCUGCCUGAGCUGCCCCGUCUGGAGAGUCUGACUGACAAGUCAGAGGUAAGAGCU